GACCUAACGACUCGUAUAAAUUCGUGGCGGUAAAUAACAAUAAUAGUCCAACAGAUGCAGAAUGAAAGAAGUUAAUUAUAGAAAGUUAUAAUCUAAUAUUGCGAUUUUUAAAUUAGUUACAAAUUGCUACACAUCCUAAGUCUAGGGUACAAUAAACUAGUGACAUGGCUGAGAGAAAUCUUGAUUUUGUUUUCACUAAGGCAAUAGACAGUUUUUCAAAGCACCUCCACAAAGAGUUGAAGAAACAAGAUAGCAAUGAUUUAUUUUCACCUAUCAACAUCCAUGCAUUUCUGACUCUUCUUUCUCAGGAUCCUUGGUUUUACAGUAAAGAUAGUAUUAAUAGAGCCUUGUACCUCGAUGUUAACACAGCUUCUACACAUUACAAAGAUAUCUUUGAUGUUAUUAACAGUAUUAAUAAUCUUCUGAUUGCUAACAAUUCUUUGUUGAAACCAAGCCAAGUUCCAGAAGCUUUUAGAAAUCGUCUCAGGGAUAACUUUGCUAGUGAAGUAAACCUCUUGGAUUUCACUAAACUGGGAGAUGUUACCGUGGCAAUAAACACAUGGGUCCGUGAUAGGACUCUCCAGAAAAUUUCACCCUUUAGUAGUUUAAGGGAUGAUGUGAAUUUUACAUUUUUAAAUGCCACAGGCUUUAAGGGUGACUGGGCGGAACCAUUCUCUGUGGAUGAGACAGUUCCCGCAACUUUUUAUUUGAACGAGCAAGAUACGGUGCAAGUUCAAAUGAUGAGGAAAAAAUGCCAAUUUUAUUUUGAGAAUAAUUCAUUUCUCGAAGCUAAAAUUUUAAAAUUACCGUUUGUCAACAACGUAAACCUUGUAGUUGUUUUACCAAGAAAAGAAAUAAAUAUUAAUGAAUUUGUUGAACAAAUUCCAACAAAUUUUUUAAAUUUAUCGGACGUUUCAAAGAACAUGACUAAACAGGAGGUCGAUGUCUCCCUUCCAAAAUUUAAAAUGGAAGAAACUGUGGAGCUGGCACAAUACUUAAAGAAGAUGGGGUUGGAAGAAGUGUUUAGCGCCAACCUCAGUGGUGUGAUUAAGGAUGAGGAACUCACUUGCGAUGAAAUCAAGCAGAAAGCGUAUUUAGAAAUAAAUGAAAAAUGUUUGGAAGCUUCCUCAGCAACUGUGUCAACUUUAAUCAAAGCCCAGGAAGAGAAGGUGCCUCCCAAAGAUGGGUUACUAAUCUAUGAAGCAAAUAUAUCUUCGGAAAUUACCAACCGUUUUGCCAAGACCAAAGUGGUGUGGAGGGUGAAGAAUACCAACAAGACAGCUGCUGACGCUGACUUUAAAGUCAUCUUAACCGAUACGGCUUUCAUCACGGAAUUCAUCAUGGAAAUUGAGGGCAAAAGCUAUAAAUCGUACAUAAAAGAAAAGGAAGAGGCAAAGAAUAUUUAUAUCGAAGCAGUGGCACAAGGGCAAAGUGCGGGGCUCGUCGAAGCAAAGACAAGAGAUUCGAGGGAAUUUACAGUGUCGGUAAAUCUAGAGCCCGAUUCGGUGGGGGUAUUUUCUUUAACAUACGAAGAAAUGCUUCAGCGGGUCCACGAUCAAUACGAACUGGUGUUGAAUAUUUGCCCGGGGCAAAUUGUGGAUGACUUGAAUAUUGAGGUUCGCAUUAAUGAGAGUCGACCUCUGAAAUUUGUAAAAACGCCACCUUUAAGAUCAGGGAAUGACAUGAAUACAUCGGAAUACGUUCCAUACCUCGACCCUUUGUCGGAUGUUAAAAUAAUAAAUCCAAAAACCGCUACCAUCAAGUUCCGUCCUAAUUCCGCAAGGCAAAGAAAAAUGACUCAUUAUCUGGGAAAUAAAACGAGCGACGGCUUGUCGGGUCAGUUCGUCGUGCAGUACGACGUAGAAAGAGAACCCCUCAACGGAGAAGUGUUGCUACAAGACGGUUAUUUCGUUCACUUUUUUGCCCCAAACGACCUAGACCCGUUACCGAAGCACCUCGUUUUCGUGUUGGACACCAGCGGGAGUAUGGGGGGAAGGAAAAUUGAACAGUUGCAAGACGCUAUCAUGAAUAUUUUAAGUGAUUUGCGUAAAGAAGACAUGCUGAGUAUUAUCGAGUUUAACAAUGAUGUGAUCGUGUGGGAUGUCGACUCGAAAAAAUCAGCCACUGUGUCUGCAGAUAAUAUAAAGGAUUUCAAGGAGCCUUUUGCCUACUUACAGCAAUGUAUAUUGUCAGAUCCACACCUUGUUAGUGAGGAUAUUAUAAAAAAAGCAAAAGAGGUCGUUCAGAGCAUUAGGGCUAAUGGAUGCACCUUCAUGAUUGGCGGUUUAGAAACGGCUUUGUAUUUAGUAAAAACGGGACAACAGAAAAACAAGGACAAGGAUCAGAAGCUUCAACCCAUCAUAGUAUUUCUGACCGACGGUGAACCCAACGUCGGUGUCUAUUGGACAGAAGAAAUAGUUGAACUAGUUACUCAUCUGAACACGAAAGACAAGGUUCCUAUAUUUUCCCUGUCUUUUGGAGAUGGUGCAGACAAAGACUUUCUGAGGAAGCUGUCUUUGAAAAACCUGGGUUUUUCGAGGCACAUAUAUGAAGCCGCCGACGCCUCUUUGCAGCUGCAGGACUUCUACAAGCAGAUUUCUUCCCCGCUCUUGCACGACAUCAAAUUCAAGUAUGACGCGGAAGUGGCGGAAGUCACUAGGACCUGGUUCCCCGUUUACUUUAGGGGCUCCGAGUUGGUCGUUGCCGGAAGAUGUGAAGAAAAAAUAGUCCCGACUGUCAUCGACUGUCGGGGCCCCCGCGGUCCUAUAAUAAUAAGAUCGGCCACGGAAAGACCCGUAACUUCCCUAGAAAGGCUAUGGGCCUACCUCACAGUGAAACAGUUGUUGGACGAGAAGGAUUCCUCAGCAAAUCCAGAAGAGUUAACCAAAAGGGCCGUUAAUUUGGCACUUAAAUACUCUUUUGUGACGGACGUGACGUCGCUGGUGGUGGUGAAGCCUAAGGAAACAGUUCCUGUCCUAGAUAAUUAUGUCGCCGAUCUUGGUUAUAGAGAUAUGAGCUGCGUUAUGCCACAAUCAGCAGUUGCCACUGGUGCACAACUUGAUUUUCGUUCCCGAAGAGCCCGAUGCUUGAGUGCUAGGGGGGUACAAGCGGAUAGUGAUAUUCUUAGGAGUUUUAGAACUUUUGGUGGUGGCGGACCAUCAGGAUUUGUUGUUGAACGUGAAGAUAUGGAAUGUGAUUCCGGAAAGAAACCUGCAGAAGAGUUUACGGCCGACCAUCCGUUCUUGGUUUUCUUGCAGGUGGAGAUCGACGAUGCCGUUUUCAUACUUUUCCGGGGUUGCGUUUAUAAACCCACUUAUUAAUUAUGACAAGCUUGUGCUAUGUAUUUUUUCUAGCGCGACAUACUGGCUUACUCGAGUAAGAUUCACUUUAUAAGACCUGUCACUUGACUGUUUAAGGAGGCCAGAAAUCUUAAACAUUAUUUCUAGACAAUAAUAACAUUCCAUUCACCACUUACUUGCGUACGAUGGAGAAAUUUUACAUACCAAAGUUUACCAAAGGGAAUUCUCUCACUUGAUCAGGUUAUCGACUUGCUUGUGUGGGUUGGUGUACCGAUUAAAAAAUGGCUUAAAUUUUACAAUAAUUAGAAUCAUGUAUAUGAUGCUUUUUUAAGAAAACAUAUAUUAGACAGUUAUAAACUACAUAUAUUUUAUAUAAUAUUUUAUGUUUACUAGUUUUUAAUGUUGUUUAAUGUACGUAAAACUAUAUAUUUUAUUAAAUCACUACUGCUUU